AUGCAGACUCUGAGACAUUGGUGUCACUCAUCAAGGUACGUCGCUGUACAGCAGAUAUUAGUCUGCGCGGCCGAUCAGACGCGCGACUCGUCGCGGCUGGUGCCCCUGCCGCAGCCGGCGACGCAACUGGGCGUUGCAGCGGCCAAUCUGCGCCGCAAUCCUAAAUGGAGGAGCCACGAUCGGCUUAGGGCGUUCGCCUGCGGCAUUCUUUCCACGGUCCUCCCUCGUACACACUGGCCGCGGCCAGAUAAAGGUCUUAACUCGAUACUUAACGAGGAAAGCCGGAUCGCCGUCCAGUGCUCGGCGCAGACUUAUUUAUCUGCAGGUGACAAGUAUCUCAGGCCAUUUGCUUCAGCCAUUCUGUCGUCGCUGUGCACGGAGUUCCUGUCGGUGAACGUGUCCGCCAUCCUGUACCUCAUGAACUACGAGAAGUACGGCCGCAGCACGGCGUCCGCACAGUACUUCCUGCAGCUGGCCGGCUACCUCGGCAUCCCGGUCAUUGCCUGGAAUGCCGACAACUCCGGUCUCGAGCGGAGGGCGUCGCAGUCGAGCCUGCAGCUGCAGCUGGCGCCGUCGCUGGAGCACCAGACGGCGGCCAUGCUGAGCAUCCUGGAGCGCUACAAGUGGCACCAGUUCUCCGUCGUCACCAGCCAGAUCGCCGGACACGACGACUUCGUGCAGGCGCUGCGCGAGCGCAUCACCGAGAUGCAGGACCGCUUCAAGUUCAACAUCCUGAACACGAUUCUGGUGACGAAGCCGGGCGACCUGCAGGAGCUGGUGAACUCGGAAUCGCGCGUCAUGCUGCUCUACUCGACGCGCGAGGAGGCGGUGCACAUCCUGAAGGCAGCGCGCGACCUCAAGAUCACAGGCGAGAACUACGUCUGGGUGGUCACGCAGAGCGUCAUCGAGAACCGCGAGACGCCCUCGCACUUCCCCGUCGGCAUGCUGGGUGUGCACUUCGACACGAGCAGCUCGUCGCUGGUGAACGAGAUCACGACGGCCAUCAAGGUGUACGCGUACGGCGUGGAAGACUUCGUUAACGACGCCCGCAACGCCGACCUGUCGCUCAACACGCAGCUGAGCUGCCACGGCGCCGGCGACUCGCGCUGGAAAACCGGCGACCGCUUCUUCCGGUACCUCCGCAACGUAAGCGUCGAAGGCGAACAGGGGAAGCCCAAUAUAGAAUUCACGCCGGAGGGCGUUCUAAAGGCGGCCGAGCUGAAGAUUAUGAAUCUGCGGCCCGGAGUCAGCAAACAGCUCGUCUGGGAAGAGGUGAGUGCCAUCAAACGCAACAACACUUCUUAG